CAAUCUUCUAAGUUGAGUACAUUCUUCAAUAACGACCAACCAUCCUACCCUCCUUCCCUUCUCUCUCUCUCUGUCUCUGCGGGAGAGAAGCCACAAGCCUAUGUCAUCUUCUUCACUCGUCUGCUAUCUAAAUCCAGCCUCUGCUGCUACUCUCAUUUCUCUCCAAAACGGAUAACAUCCACGCCUCCAUACCCCGAGCUCAAUCUUCUCUUCAAUGGAAGGUUCCCUCUUCGCACAGAAGCCAGCUUAUCCUGUCCAAUCAACCCGCCCAAUGCAGCCGAAUCCACCUCUCAAAUUCAGCUCUGCAACACUGCCACUCCCUCCUCAGCCUUCACCUCCGCCUUCACUACCUCUGGACUCCAUCCUACAACACCUUCUCCAUCUCUCUUCCCCGCCCAAUACUGCGCAGAGACCCAAAUCCUCAAACCCACCUCGAAGUAACGCAACCCAUUUUCCUUCUCUCCAAAUCUCCGAGAAAUCAACGCAAAAGCAGCACAGACAGGUCAGUUUUAAGAAAUCCACGUCUUUGCCUGCGCUAGAGUUCGCUGGCGAGAAGGAAGAAGGUCGACAGGGAGAUGAGUUUCUCAGGAUCUUGUCAAAUAGGGCUAUGCUCUUGUUCAAUGCCAUUGUGGAACAGCCCUUAAAUGGUCUGAAUAAUUUCUUUGAUUCUGCUAAAUUUGAGUUGCUCAAGGUCGAUUUAUUCAGUUUGUUGAAAGCUUUAGAUCUUUCGGGUAAUUGGGAAAGAGCCGUUUUGUUGUUUGAAUGGCUAGUAUCUAACGCGUCUUCUGCGAAUAUGAGGCGAGACAAUCAGGUUAUCGAGCUGAUUAUUAGAAUUCUUGGAAGAGAGUCGCAGCAUUCAAUUGCAUCCAAGCUGUUCGAUGAAAUUCCCAUUGAGGAAUACUCGCUUGAUGUUCGAGCAUACACAACUAUACUUCAUGCAUUUUCUCGAAGUGGGAAGUACGAGCGAUCCAUUGCUUUAUUUGAGAAUAUGAAGGAAACCGGUCUUUCUCCCACUUUGGUCACCUACAAUGUUAUGCUUGAUGUCUACGGGAAGAAGGGUCGGUCAUGGAGUAAAAUUUUAGGUCUUUUGGAUGAGAUGAGAACCCAAGGACUUGCCUUUGAUGAAUUUACUUGCAGCACUGUGAUAUCUGCUUGUCAGAGAGAGGGUUUGUUACAUGAGGCAAAAAGGUUUUUCACGGAAUUGAAGUCACAAGGCUAUACACCUGGGACUGUAACUUAUAACUCUUUACUACAAGUGUUUGGAAAGGCUGGAAUUUAUUCUGAGGCAUUGAAUAUCUUGAAAGAAAUGGAGGAUAAUGAUUGCCCGGCUGACUCCGUGACUUACAAUGAGCUUGUUGCAGCAUAUGUCCGGGCAGGAUUUUGCAAGGAAGGAGCUGGUGUUAUUGAGACGAUGACAAGUAAAGGAGUGAUGCCAAAUGCAGUUACAUAUACCACGGUUAUUAAUGCCUAUGGCAGAGCAGGAAAGGAGGACAAGGCUUUAAGGCUGUUUAAGAAGAUGAAGGAGUCCGGUUGUGUUCCUAAUGUAUGUACAUAUAAUACUAUACUUGGGAUGUUAGGGAAGAAGUCGCGAUCUAGUGAGAUGAUAAAGAUUCUGCAUGACAUGAAAUCAAGUGGAUGUUCCCCUAAUCGAAUCACAUGGAAUACGAUGCUUUCAAUGUGUGGGAAGAAGGGUAUGUACAAAUAUGUGAAUCGAAUCUUUCGGGAAAUGAAAAGUUGUGGUUUCGAGCCAGAUAGAGACACGUUUAACACUUUAAUCAAUGCAUAUGGCCGAUGUGGUUCACACAUUGAUGCAGAAAAAAUGUAUGAGGAGAUGAUCAAAGUGGGGUUUACCCCUUGUGUUACUACUUAUAAUGCACUUCUCAAUGCUCUGGCAAGACGAGGGGAUUGGAGAGCUGCAGAAUCUGUCAUUCUGGACAUGAAGAACAAGGGCUUCAAGCCCAGUGAAACUUCGUAUUCGUUGAUGCUCCAUUCUUACGCAAAAGGAGGAAAUGUGAAAGGGAUAGAAGCAAUUGAGAAAGAAAUAUAUGAUGGUCGUAUAUUCCCUAGCUGGAUGCUCUUAAGAUCCCUUAUACUUGCAAAUUUUAAGUGUCGAUCACUGGUUGGCACAGAGAGGGCAUUCAAGGAAUUGCAGAAGAAAGGAUAUAAACCUGAUCUGGUUCUGUACAAUUCUAUGCUUUCAAUUUAUGCAAAGAAUAACAUGUAUGAUCAGGCCAAUGAAAUGCUGCAAUUGAUUCGGGAAAGCGGGCUGCAGCCUGAUCUGAUUACCUACAAUAGUUUGAUGGACAUGUAUGUUAGAAGGGGAGAGUGUUGGAAAGCUGAGGAAAUCCUCAUGGGACUAGAAAAGUCUGGGAGAAAAGCCGACCUCGUUUCCUAUAAUACUGUCAUUAAAGGAUUUUGCAGGAAGGGGCUCAUGCAGGAAGCUAUGAGAACUCUCACUGACAUGACAGCUAAAGGGAUUCGACCUUGUAUAUUUACAUACAAUACUUUUUUGACAGGCUAUGCAGCAAAGGGAAUGUUCCCGGAGAUAAAUGAUGUGAUUGACUACAUGAUUCAGCAUGGUUGCAAGCCUAAUGAACUAUCUUACAAGAUUGUGGUAGAUGGUUACUGUAAAGCAAGAAAGUACAGAGAAGCCAUGGACUUCCUAUCCAGAAUCAAACAAUUCGAUGUUUCUUUUGACGAUCACUCAGUCCAAAGACUAGCUUCUCGCAUCUGUGAAAAUUUGGAGGCGUAACUUCAUGAAGUAUGCCUCUUUGAUUCCAUUUGGUUCUUGGCCGAGCACCAGAGGUGGUUGUGGCGAAAUUAUAGCUUCACUAGCUUGUUUUUUUGGUUUUGUGAUCUCAAUCAAGUAUAGUAAGAUCAGUUUUGCUCACAAGAGCGAUAAUCUCUAGCUGCCAUAUCAGCCUCAGAUAGCAGAUACAUUGAUUAUGACUUGCUCCAACUGAUAUUGGGAAAGAAACUGAAGGAGAAGCUUUCAGCCUUGAUGAACCUCAUAAAGAGAGGAUUUCCAGCAGAAUUCAGUGGGGAAAUGAGCAAAGUUCCAGUCAGAACUUGAGGCUGUGGACAAGGGACUCUGGAGAUUGGUCUGUGCUUUUAGCUGCUGCAGCUUGUUACUGUGUCAAUGGUGGCAGGAGCUUCCUAUGGGUUUAGGCUUGUAUCUGGUUGGUAUAUAAAAUAUAUUCUUUGAAAAA